AUGGAAAAUAUGUUUGAACUCCUCGCUGAAGACAUUGAGGUAACUGAUAAACCGGAUGCACCACCACUAGAAGUCCGGAAUGGUGAUAUCGAAUUUGAUAACGUACAUUUCGGUUAUACUCCCGAAAGAACAGUCCUACAUGGAGUAUCGUUCACUGUUCGAAAAGGAGAAACCGUUGCUUUAGUGAGAUUUUAUCAACAUUCACCAGCAUUUUAG